AUGCAUGCUCGGCCUUUCUCCGCCUCCCUCCGGAAACGCGCCUGCAAAAUCUACAGCUACCUCGUGCCCCAGGACGGGACUCUGGACGUCGAAAUCUGCGACGGUCAAGCUUCGCCAAAGGGAAGAUUCGCGUUUCUCAGCCGCUCCGUCGUCACCGAUCAUCUCGCGCGCUUCUUCAGCCGGGAAACCCUGAUCCGCGAGAACGGUCUGCAUCUCCUGCUCGUCUGCACGCGCACCCGAAACGAGGUGUUACCCUUCCUUUCCAACUUGACAGUCCGGUUCCACUGCCCAUGCUGUUUCAAAGAACUGCUCAACAAUCUCUCGCACGGCCUGGGCGUGGGCAUCCACUGGAUGAAGCACGUCGAGAUCACUUUCACCUGCAGGGAUCCGCCGGUGCCCCCGGAACAACCGCCCUUGUACCACGGCUACGGCCACGGCCACGGCCACGGUCGUCGCCGCAUGACGCCGGACCUGAGCCGAUUCAUGGCGACCGAACAGGCCGGAGAGGCCAUGUCGGAAGCUCGGCGUGUCGCGUGGCUGUACUACGGACGCCUCGAUCUCACAGAGCAGGAAAAAUGGACAUGCGAACCCAUCAAGGACAACACCUUCACGGCCCGUGGCAUCGAACAGCGGAACGCUUUGGCUCCUGGCACCUACCUUCUCACGGCCGGAGGAGGCACACAAGAAGGCGCAGCGGGCGCAGACGGCAACGGAGGUCCUAGCGGUCCGUAUUACGCGACGAGAACCCUAGGCGAUCAUCUUCUCAAUCCUCUGACCGGACACUUAACAACGAGUCUCCCCACCUACAAGAAAUGGUUGGUCAGUGGAUGGUUCCACGUGUGA